AUGCACAUCUGUUUGUUUAGAUUAUCUCAAUUCCCUGCUUCAUCAUUCAAAUCGUUUAGUUANUCAUUCGAAGAGCAUGUGGAACACAUCCAACAACUGUUAUCCAUUCUAUCGAAGUACAACUUCCAACUCAAUCCACCGAAAUGCAAGUUAUUCCAACGGGAAAUUGAAUAUUUAUCUCACGUCAUUUCCGAAAAUGGAUUUCAACCGAAUGGUGAAAGAAUACGAUCAAUCAAAAAUUUAAGGGAACCCUCUACUCUGGUAGAGGCGAACAAGUUCCUGGGGGGUUUAUCUUGGUACAGAAAAUUUAUUCCUGGAUUCGCAUCGAUAGCUGCACCGAUACACAAAAUAACGAAUUUAACCAAGGAAAACAAGAAGAAUUUCAAAUGGGAAGAGCCACAACAUAAGGCAUUCUUGAAAUUGAAACAACAUCUGGUGACUUCUCCAUUAUUUCUUGAUUAUCCAAAUGAUGCUUAUCCAGUUAUCUUAACGACAGACGCAUCGAAAAUAGGCAUUGGUGGAACAUUACAACAGAAUAUUAAUGGUGAAAUGAAGAAUCUCUAUUAUCAUUCUCAAGUGACGUCAUCCACUCAAAAGAGAUACGAUCCGAUUGAAUUAGAAGCGUUGGCAAUCUGGAUGUGUUUUCAACGUAUGAAGCCCUAUUUAUUAGGACGAUCUAUUAUCAUCUACACGGAUCAUUGUCCAUUAUGUAACAUGAUGAAUUCGACAGUGAAAAAUCGAAGAGUGGAUCGAAUAUCGAUCUUAUUGCAGGAAUUCAACAUCGAAAAAGUUAUCCACAUCAAGGGUCAACACAAUUGCUUAGCCGAUUAUUUGUCUCGACAUCCAAUUACAAGAGAAGAAGAAUUAUUUGAUGAAGAUUAUGGGAUUGCAAAGCAAGUGAAGUGGGAACCGACUGCUACAGUGCGUGUUUCUGAUGGAACUCCUCCACUAGUGGGAGCUGUUCUGACGCGAUCUAAAGCAAAGCAGUUACAAGCAAAGCAAGACCAAGACGUGAUGGAAACUACACCACCUGAACAAAAGAAAACAACGACACCGCCUGCGGAAGAAAAAACCGAUCCACAAGCACAAUCUCCAUCGAAAGAUGAUCAUAAUUACGAAUUCGAUAUGGAGAAAUUGAAGGUCGAACAAACGAACGAUUCAAUCAUUGAACAGAAGAUCACAGAGGCCAAGAAGAAUCCAACUAAAUGUUCUUAUGAAUUCAAAGAUGGCCUGUUAUACAAAUUAAUGCCGAUGCGUGCCAACUCCAAGACGAAGAAGAAACUUAUUUAUGUACCAUCAUCAAUGAUCGAUGGCCUACUCCGGAUUUAUCACAAUCAUCCACUUGCUGGACAUUUUGGAGUUCAACGAACAUACCUGAAGAUCAAGAGCAAGUACUGGUGGCCGGAUAUGCAUCAGUCGAUUACACGAUACAUACAAUCAUGUUUACCAUGCCAACAGCACAACGUUAGUCGAGUGAAAAAGCCUGGUCAUUUACAACCGAUCACUCCCCCAGAAGGACCAUUUCAAUUAAUUGGUAUGGACUACUGCGGUCCACUUAAAUCAACACCUCGUGGAAAUCAAUAUGUACUCUGCAUUACAGAUUACUUCACAAGAUGGAUAGUCGCUGUUGCUGUACCUGAUUGCUCGGCACAAACAACUGCCGAAGCACUAUUCAAUGAAUACAUUUGCAGAUAUGGGGUACCGGCAGCGAUAUUAUCCGAUCAAGGCACACAUUUCCACAAUCAGUUGAUGGAAGCAAUGGCGAAAUUAGUGGGAUACAAUCACACAUAUUCAACCACUUAUCAUCCUCAAUCGAACGGCAUGAUCGAAAGAUUCAACGCGACAUUUAUCCCGCAAAUCGCCAAACUUCAGGAUCGAGAAAACAACAAUUGGGAUGAAUUCUUGGCACCGGUGGUGUUCGCAUACAACACUGGAACCCACUCGACAACUGGAUACUCACCAUAUCAGUUAUUAUUUGGCAGAGAACCGAGAUUACCAACGGAUAAACCUGCAUCAGCAUUCACAUUUCGGAAGCCGAACGAUUAUUAUGAACAAUUGAGGAAAAAUAUGAAGUUAAUGCAUCGAUACGCACAUGAAAACAUGACAAACAGACAAAAUCAAUAUAAAAAACAUUAUGACAAACACCGAUCCGACCCUCGAUAUUCAAUCAAUGAUCGUGUUUUGAUUCGGAAACAUGGUUUGAAGAACAAGCUAGAUCCGAAAUAUUCAGUCACUCGUCAAGUUAUCGUUCGUGAGGAACACCCUGUGUAUAUUGUGAAAGACGAAGUAACUCAGAGUGAAACGCGAGUGCACAUAAAUGAUAUAAGACCCAUUUAUGUUUCAAAAUCCAAAUAA